AGGCGGUCUCUUCUCCCACAGGCACAAGACAGCUACCCAGCCUACUCAGUCUACCCAGCAGGCCGGAUACGGGGACAGGCGCUCCCACAACCACGAACAACCGCCACUGGCGCUCACCACGAGUUUGCCACCACAGGCGUUGUAGGCGGCAUGGGCUCGGCUGGCUUGGCUGAGAAACACAACUAUGGUCAGCGUGAUUCGUCUCCCCUCAGCGACUCGAAAGCAUAUGACCAGAAAGUCCUCGAGCGGGACGCGAAACACCGCGAGGAAGCGCUAGCCGCCAAGCGCGAGUUCGAGGAGAAGGAGGCAGAGAAACAGCGGAAGAAGGAGUCAAAGGGUGGCCUGUUCGGGUUCUUGCAUCGCGACAAGGACAAGCAUGCGGGCGAGACUACGGAGGAGGGCAGGAGAUCGGGCGAUUACGGUGCUGCUGGCACUGGUGCUGGCGUGGGUGCUGCGGGCAUCGGAGCCGGUGCCUACGAAGCUGAUAGGAGCGGACGCAACAAGCUUCACAAGGACCCUCCUGCUAGCCACCCUGCGGCACAGGCUGGUGAGGGCUAUGGAGCCACUGGACAGUCGACUGGUUUGGGUUCUGAUUCAUCUGAAAUGCACCCGGGCUACGGCAACGAGGCCAAAAAAGGCAUCGUGACGGAGCCGCAUACCGGUCUUCCCAUGAAUGUCGGCAAGUACGGUGACGGCGCCGGUGGCACGGAUGGCAAUGAGGCGCUCCGUGGUGCGAGUGCGCAUCAGGGCAGUGAGCAGGGCGCGGAUUGGGAGGGUAUUCGGAAGGCGAAUACGCCGUACUAGGUUCUUCUCUAAGCCGUGGUUAAGAGGGUGAUGGAUUCAGGCGGUAAUCUCUUUGUCUUCAUUGUGCAGUAUGGAGUAUGGACGGCGACCUUUCUUUCGUGUAUUAUAUGGAGGAUGAUGGGAUGAUGGGAUGAAAAGUACACGAGUAUGAUAAUGGGAUCUCUGACCUUUCUCGUUGCCUUUUCUUGUUUGU